AUUAACGGCCCCCGCUUCUCCGCCUUGGAUGAGCUUUCAGAUAACUGCUACGAGGUAACAUCGAGAAAGAAGAGUAUACGUCACAAUCUUCCUAUCCAGAUUGGUUUUUUCGUUUACUCCUAUGCAAAGUUAAGAAUGCUCUCUUUUUACUUUGAUGUGCUCGUGAGUUACAUCCCUCGACCGUACUUCUCUCUUUGUGAGAUGGAUACGGACUCGCUGUACAUGGCACUUGCAGCUGACACGCUGGAUGAGCUCAUAAAACCUGAGCUCAGGCAAGAUUGGGCUCAGAUAAAGUUGCAGUGGUUUCCUCGUACAGAUACCGAAGAACACGCGGCUUACGAUAGGAGGACGCCAGGGUUAUUCAAAGUAGAGUGGAGCGGAGGUGGCUUUGUUGGACUUUCGGCUAAAACCUAUUUCUGUUUCGAACCUGAUGCCAAACAGAAAGAGAAGUGUUCGACAAAAGGCAUCAACAAGGCAGCUCAGGUCACUAUAGAGCAUUUCCGUUCAGUUCUGCAAACGAAGCAAAGUGUCAGCUCAACAAACAGAGGCUUCAUAGUCAAGAACAACACCAUGUUGAGCUAUCGAAUGGAAAGAAAGGGCUUGAGCUACUUUUACUGUAAAAGGAAGAUACUUGAUGACGGCAUCAGUACCACUUUUUUAGACAUUUGAUGUAUCUCACAUCGGUUUUGUGUACAGUAUAUGUAAAUUUGUAAUUGGAAGCUGUAGUUUCAUUCUAUUUUUGUCUUUGUGUAAAA